AUGGCCUUCUCUUCUCUACUCAGAUCCGCCGCCACUUCCGCCGUCGCUCCUCGUGUCGAGCUUCGUACAUCGCCGUCUUACGAUCAUUCUCAGGCCACGUCAAGUCUUGGAUUCAGUCACAACUUAACCUCGUCCAGAUUCUCUGGUGCUGCGGUGUCUACAGGGUCAUCUUCAUCUUUACAGAAGUGCAAUUCAAGAAGCAUUCAACCCAUCAGGGCAACAGCUACAGAAGCACCUCCUGCUGUUCGAAGGUCAAGGAGCAGUGGAAAGACAAAGGUCGGGAUCAAUGGUUUUGGUCGGAUUGGAAGGUUGGUCCUCCGCAUUGCAACUUUCAGAGAUGAUAUUGAGGUUGUAGCAGUCAACGACCCAUUCAUAGACGCCAAGUACAUGGCUUACAUGUUCAAGUAUGAUUCUACUCAUGGAAAUUACAAAGGAACCAUCAAUGUAAUUGAUGACUCCACUUUGGAGAUCAAUGGAAAAGAGGUCAAAGUUGUCAGCAAGAGAGACCCAGCUGAAAUCCCGUGGGCUGAUCUUGGAGCUGAGUAUGUUGUUGAGUCUUCAGGAGUAUUCACCACCGUUGCACAAGCUUCAUCGCAUUUGAAGGGUGGCGCCAAGAAAGUCAUCAUAUCUGCCCCUUCAGCGGACGCACCCAUGUUUGUCGUUGGAGUAAAUGAGAAGACAUAUAAACCAAACAUGGAUAUAGUCUCUAAUGCAAGCUGCACCACCAAUUGUCUUGCACCUCUUGCCAAGGUUGUACAUGAGGAAUUUGGAAUUCUUGAAGGUUUGAUGACAACAGUCCACGCGACCACAGCUACUCAGAAAACUGUGGAUGGCCCAUCAAUGAAGGACUGGAGAGGAGGCCGAGGUGCCAGUCAAAACAUCAUUCCUAGCUCAACAGGCGCUGCAAAGGCUGUUGGUAAGGUUCUUCCAGAACUCAAUGGAAAACUAACGGGAAUGGCUUUCCGUGUCCCAACACCAAAUGUCUCUGUUGUGGAUUUAACUUGUCGACUUGAGAAGGAUGCAUCUUACGAAGACGUCAAGGCAGCCAUAAAGUUUGCCUCAGAAGGACCACUUAGGGGCAUCCUUGGGUAUACAGAAGAAGAUGUGGUCUCCAACGAUUUUAUCGGAGAUUCAAGGUCAAGUAUCUUCGAUGCAAAUGCUGGGAUUGGGUUGAGCAAGUCCUUCAUGAAAUUUAUCUCCUGGUAUGACAACGAAUGGGGUUACAGCAACCGAGUCCUUGACCUGAUAGAGCACAUGGCGUUAGUUGCAGCCAGCCGCUAA